GGCCACUCGUGUACAGCUAGGCAGAAUUCCGGGACGGCUAGGCCUAGUGCAUUAUUUCUCUCAUCGGCGUGGUUUCCGUGAGCGAAGGCGUCACGGGAACGCUUCAAGGAGGCGUUACGCACCAACAGCAUGCGGUCAUCGUUGGGAAAUUCCUAAUUAAAAUACUGUCAUAACUCAGUGUCUCAUGGCCCAAAGAGCCAAGUUUCGUCUCACAACUUCAUUAAUACAGGUUUCAUGGACAGCAGCCAACCAGCAAGUGGGUUCUAUGGUAGCAGCCAUUGAGUACAGGGGGAGCCAAUCAGCACACAGGUGGAUGCAGUUGACCAGGAUAGGCAAGACGCCUCACCGAGAGAAUUACAACUUGCAGCAGCUGUGUAGACAACGAAUCGAGAUGACAAUAGCAGCAGCAGACGAAGAAGAACCACCUCCAAGGGAAAUGAUAGCAAUGCAUUUCCUUACUAACUGCCACUUGGACCUGUUGACGGCAUGGAUGACUUGGAAUCGUCGUGGCAGUUGGGACAGCUACACCUGAAACGUUGGUGAAUACAUGGCAAGAAGUGGAAUAUCAUCUCAAC